AUGAAAACCUCCCUGGUCUUAAAUUCUCGCUGGCCAGCGGAGACUGUGAUGUUCGUGUAUGACAACAACCUAGAAGACCUCAACAAGAACAUGGAGGGUCUGGUGGGCAGCGGAAACUUUGCUGCAGCCACUGCGGCGAGUCAGUGCCGCAACCUCAUGGCCCAUUCUGCGGCUGCGGCCGCUUUCGGAGGACACGCCUCUAACCUGGUGCAUUCCUCAGCUGGUUACUCUACAGUGGACGUUUCCACCUCAAGCUCCAGUGAGACUACUGCAUCUUCAGGAAAACAAUGCGGGGCCGGAACCUGCCCCGGAGCUGCAGUACCGCACCAGAGUUCAUCAGCUGCAACAGCGUUACCAUACAGCUACUUUGGUAACAGUUACUAUCCCUGCAGGAUGGGGAGAAGCUCUAUUAAAUCAUGCACCCAGGCGACUGGAGCUGCGCUCAGCUCGCAGUACAUGGACACUACAAUGAGCCCUGACGAGUACCCAAACCACCGGGCCAAGGAGUUCACAUUUUACCACGGCUAUGCCAACCCCUACCAGUCCAUGGCCAGCUAUCUGGACGUAUCAGUUGUCCAAACUCUUGGGAGCGGAGAUCCACGCCAUGAAACCCUUCUCCCCAUGGACAGCUACCAGCCAUGGGCUCUGACCAACGGUUGGGGAGGGCAGAUGUACUGCUCCAAGGACCAGGCGCAGGCUGGACACCUCUGGAAGACCGCUCUAGCUGAUGUGGUGGCGCACCAACACGAAGGCUCGCCUUUCCGCCGGGGGAGAAAGAAGCGGAUACCAUACACAAAGGUCCAGCUGAAAGAACUGGAGAAGGAAUAUGCAGCCAACAAGUUCAUCACGAAGGACAAGCGGAGGAAGAUCUCAGCUGUGACCAACCUCUCUGAGCGCCAGAUAACCAUCUGGUUCCAGAACAGGCGAGUGAAGGAGAAGAAGUUCGUUGCCAAAGUGAAAAGCAGCACGCAGUAGCACACAGCUUUCAGCUCUGCGGAAUUUAUUGCGGACUUCAGUGUUUACCAUAUUGUAGAACAAAGAGAACUGGGAUGAAC